CCCAGAGAGCUGAAAGAGUCUUCAAGCCCGGAGCAAGAGAGCAAGGGCUCAGUUGACAGUGUCUCCUCUCGGAUGGAUCUCUGAACGUUUCUACUGCUGAGAGGGGCAGCCCCUUGUCCCCAGAGGGCAAAAUGGCUCAGGACAUGACGGAGAAGGAGCUGCUGAAGAUGGAGCUGGAUCAGCUGAAGAAGGAAGUGAAGAACGAGAGGCAAAUGGUCUCCAAGACUGGCAAAGAGAUCAAGGAGUACAUCGAGUCCAUGGCGGGCGAGGACCCGCUGCUGAAAGGAGUCCCCGAGGACAAGAACCCCUUUAAGGAGAAGGGGGGCUGUACGAUAAGCUGACCCCCUGCUGCUGUCACCACCAGGCACAGGGAUGUUCCCAUGUGCAAGCCAAGACUGUCAGAAACCCGCUUUCCCUGUAGUCUGACCUCGGCGCUGGGGAAUCCAGAACCAAAGCAUAGCGCAUCUAAAGGACAGCAAAAGGAAAAAAAAAAAAAAAAA